GAUCGGAGCCGCACCGAGACUGGACUUGUUUUGCCGCAGAUCGACAGCCAGUUUGUGUUUCGGAUUCCUCGUAUUCUGCUGUUGUUGUUGUUGUUGCUGUUGUUGUGUACUCAGUCUGCGUCGGAGCGCUCGCAUUCCGCUCCGCAACGACGCUGCAGCCUCGCUGCCCCGGUCGGUACAGGAUCGGUGAGCAGGAUUCGAAGCAUUUGCUCUGUGCUUCGGUUGUGGGUCUGGUCGAUUCGCCGCUAGAACUCCAGUGCCUCGCCGUGUCUUCGGUAUAUUCGACUCGAAUCUGAGAAAAAUUUGUAAUGGAUAAGCUUAAGAAAUUGCUGCAACAACCGGACAACCGUCUGUGUGCAGAUUGUAGGGCCCCUUAUCCAAAAUGGGCAUCGACAAGUAUAGGAGUGUUUAUAUGCACCAAGUGCUAUGAGGUGCACCGCGACCUUGGUGCACACAUCUCCACUGUGGUUUCUGUGAAUCUCGAAGAAUGGUCAGAUGAGCAAGUUGAGGUCAUGGAGGCCGUGGGUGGAAAUGCAGCAGCUAACUCUGUCUAUGAAAAGUGCAUACCUUCUGAUGUUCGAAAGCCCUCUCCAAAUGCAUCUAUUGACGAACGUACUGACUUUAUAAGGCGCAAAUAUGAGGAUCAAGAGUUUUUGAAACCAAACUUGCGAAUGAAAGCUACUUCUCGUACAAGGUCUUCUUCCAGCACGGAACCAACGAGCCUGAACCCAUCAGCACUUAGCAACAGGGAUUCAGUGAACAACAACAGAGAUUCGGUGACUAGCAACUCUAGAUCAUCUCGACUAAAUCAGGGUGAAACCCCACCAGGUAGUUUUAAUAACUACUCGAACUCUUCUUCCUUGGCUUCAAGUGGAAGAAGUGGUGGAGUGUCAUCCCGUUCCAGCUCUUCCAGCUCGGCUCGCAAAGAAGAGUCGUUGGGGAUGUUGAAAGUGACAAUCAUAAGAGGCAGGAGCUUGGUUGUUCGAGACCUUCUGUCUAGUGACCCUUACGUUUCUGUCUCUUAUGGAACGCAGACCUUUAAAACUGGAGUGGUGAACAGAAAUCUCAACCCAGUCUGGAAAGAAGAAUUCUACUUCUCAGUCGGAAACCCUCCACAACCGGUCAAGCUGGAAGUGUUUGAUCAUGAUGUGUUUUCAGCCGAUGAUUCCAUGGGAACGGCAGAAGUGGACCUCAACCCUCUCAUCCUGGCUGCGCAGAUGCACCAAGGUAUGUUUGAAGCGUUUGGUUCUGAGAAAAUAGGUCGAUGGCUCGCUACUAGCGACAACUCUCUAAUCGAAGAUAGCAACAUUGAGGUGAUCGACGGGGUAAUCAAACAGGACAUAAUUUUUAAGCUCAAGAAUGUGGAGAGGGGAGAGUUAGAAUUAUCGCUUGAAUGGGUCCCAAUCCAUGCACCGUAGUCUGCCUUUGAAUGUAUGCUGCACAGGUAGCUGAUUCUUUAACGAGUUCAGCUUCAAAUGGUUUUCUUAUGUACUAUGUAUCUCAUACAUGAAGGUGUGCUACAUAUAUUUUCUAAAAUGCAAUUGUUGAAGAGUCAAAGAUGACUGCAGUCUCUUUUUUCUUUU